AUGGCGAUGUUCCUCCUGGUCACGCUCUCUGCUUCCCAAAUGGCGUCCUCCCUCCGCCCACACGCUGGCCCCGGCACAUGCCGCCCCAGCGGGUACCUCCCGGGCCGGUCUGGCAAUUCUUUGAGAAGAACAUUGACGGCGGCGGCCUGUCAGAGUGCGACAACGCGUACCACAGUGACGAGGAGAAGGUCGUCGCGCUCUCAACGGGAUGGUUCAGCAACAUGGCGCGUCAAGAUCAGCGCAAAUGGUAACUCCGUGUAUGCCAAGGUGGUGGAUGAGUGUGACUCUGUGGAAGGCUGUGACGAGGACCACAACUUUGAGCCGCCAUGUGACAACAACAUCGUCGGCGCGUCGCCGGCUGUGUGGGACGCCUUGUGGCUCGACCAGAACAUUGGGAUGGUAGACAUCACCUGGUCCGAGGAGUGA